UGCUCACACACACACACAUACUUGCACACAGCACUGAUGGGAUAAGACAAACGUGCAGUGCAUCGAAGCGGCGUGUGUGUGUGUGUGUGUGUGAGGAGGGUGGAGUGUGCGAGCCAAGUGCAGUGUCAGUCUGCAGCGAGGAGUGUGAACGAGCUGGAGCAGCUUCCAUGGUUUGUUUUUCUGCUGGAUGUUUUUUUUUUUUUUCAGCAGCAGUGUAGCCUGAAGGAGAAAGAAGAAUGUUUUCAACAGCAGUCCUGAAAAUGUGGAAUCUUGUCUUCAAAUAAGAUGCAAGAAUCAGAGCUCAAACUGAUAUUUUUCUAAAUUACAGUUCUGCACAUGACAAGGACAUGACUUUUGAGGAUACAGAAUUUUUGUGCAGUAUUUAAAAUGUCUAAGUGGCUGGACAUACUACAGAUAUUAUUAAAACAGAUGGAUCUGACAUUCUGUCAAAUAGUCUGCCAAGGCCAAACAGCUAUUGUUCAGAGUUCUUCACAGGCAGAAAGAACAACAACAAAAUGCUGAUGGCCAAGUAGAUCACAGGUCAAAGGACAGUCCCAACAUUGUACAGAGUGACCCUCUGCCUUCCUCAUCCAGAGAUGAGUGUGUCUCAGCCCAGUGAGGGUUUACCUGUCAAGGGGAAGAGUGGAUCCACCAUGAGGCUCCCUCUUCACAGAGCAGGAGACCACAAUGGGAAUGCUUUCCCAGUUUCCUCUUCAUCCUCCUCCUCCUCUUGUCUGGGGGAGUCAUCCCCCGAGUCUCUGCGGAGUCUGAGCAGCCUCAGCGGGGGCCGGACUGACAGCCCAAUGGACUAUGACAUGCUCGAGGUCACGCUGAUGACGACAGUGACGACCAAAAAGGACGAAAUGACAGAAAUCGUCAUUUCAAAAUGGGUGCCAGAGGAGGAGAGUAAAUCAGAUGACAACCAAGACGCUGAGGUGGGAAAGGUCCAAACAGGAACGGAGCUAACCGAAUCCAACGACAACUCUGUGUCUGUUUACCUGGACGCCAACAGCGACGAAUACCACCACGACACCUGGAAUGACAAUGACAACCGUACGCUAGCCCUGUCGCUGACCACAAACAGCGGGAGCCGGGGUGAUAACGGUGACCUCAGCAGUGGAAGUAGUAACCGGAGAAGGCAUGGCUCUUCAACUCCAGACUCAGACGCAACAGAAAUCCCUGCAGAUGAUGAUGAUGAUGAUGAAGAGGAGGCUUUGUUUCUGUCUGUGAGCUCUGACAUGGGUGUGCGGAGAAGAAGUACAACCCUCACAAGUUCAACUGAACAAUCUGGUGGCAGCCUUGUGAACCCAGGUAGCUCCGGGACGACUGAGCUCCAGACGGAGGGGACAUCAGCUCUAAGCGUAGCUGAUGAGAGGUCGGAGCUGGUGUUGGCUUCUGAGGACCUUACUGAAAGCAUACAGAUAUCGUCAUCUUCUCCCUCUUGUGCCAAUCCAACUCCGGAUAUUAAGGAAGUUACAUCUCCUCCACUAGAGGAAGUUGAAAGAGGUGCAGUGGGCCUCAAACCAAACACCGGUCAGUCUGCCAGAGGAGCCAAAACCAAACCAACCACUGCUACUUCAAGUGCUCCCAGGACAGCGGUGUCCACACCGAUCAAAGCAUCCAGUCUGGAGGCCAAGAGAGUUUCCAAACUGGACCUAAAAAACGUCAAGGCUAAAGUUGGAUCACGGUCCACCCCAUCUCCACCUAAAACACCCAGCCAGCAGAACAAAUGUGCUCCAGCCAUCGCAAAGAGAGCGGUUCCUAGGAAGGAGGAUGCACAGACUGGUGACGGAGGUAAAAAGCAAAGGUCACCCGGAGGUCCAGUCAGAGUGGCUGUGGUGCUAAAACCUAUCAGAGGAAAGAGCAGUAACCUGAAAACUAACCACAAGACCGUAGCCAACGACUCGGCUCAGCUCGAGAAGAAGGAGAGCGUGUCCGUGAGUCGAACGCUCUCUGCUUCCACCAGUUCUCUGGGCUCUGACGUGGUGGAGGAAGCAACCCCGGACUCUCCCAGGAAGGCUGUGCAGGAAGAAACACCUGAAGUUGUGGAGUCUUCACAUCCCAGUGAAGAUGCUCAUGAAGAGUCUGUAGAGGACCAAAGGGAGGGUACUGGAAAGUCUUUAAUGACAGAGGCCGCUGUGGAGAAACCAAGGAUUCAUAGCAAGAAAGUCUCCUCUAAGCUGGGGCCCAAUGCCAGGCAGCAGGGGAGAGGCGUCAGAGUGGAUAAGGGGCCCUCGGGGCCGGUUCCACCUCCGGGGUCAGGGAUUGGACUUCCAGGCCAGGGGAGUCCCGGGCCCAGGCUAACCCAGAAGGAUGGCUCCGCGUUGAGGGAGGAUGGACAGAGCGUUGGGGGUGGAUCUCCAACGAGAGCGAGGCAGAGCCAAAGUCAGUGCCAGGGUAUCCCCAAACCUCGCACCACCUCAGAGCGAGCAUUUGCAUUGGCUGCCCCGGUUUCCACCACAUCCAACUCCAAACCAACAGCCAAUCAGCAGCCAGCAUCAGGGUCAGCUGGACGACCCGCAGCACCCGCUGCAUCAAAACUUCCUGUUAAGGGAUUAACCACAAGCCUCAGUUCCUCGUCGUUGGGAAGCAAUGAGAACAAUGGAGUACCGAGCAAAGCAUCUCCAGGAGCUCCAGAACCAACCGGGACCAAACCAGACGAGCGGCCCAGCAGAAGCACACUCCCUGUGGGCAGUCAGAGCACAGCAAAGCCCCUCAUCUCCAGUACUGGAGCUACAACCAGCACUAACGCUCCCAGUGAGGCAGUAGGCAGCGCUAACAGUGGUGUCAGCGCUGCUCUGAAGCCUCCUGCAAUGAGGAGCAGAGCUCUCUCCCUGCAGGCCAGGACCACUGCCACAGGUCUGAAGACCCCGACAGUCACCAACCACAACACAGCGAAGACAGCGGCCGCCAAUCAAACCGCAGCAAAGAUGGCUCCUACGUCCAAUCAAGCGCUGACAAAGCAGGCAUCCCAGUAUCCCUUGCAAAGAAGCGGUUCAGCAAGACUCAGCCGCCUGCACAGUACAGUGGACAAAAACAAGCCCCGGGAGGCGCCAGCAAGACCCGCGAACAGCAACUCGCAGGGAGCAGCACCCGCAGGAGGAAACAACCAGAACCAGCAGCAACCUCCACCCGACCCGGCACCGGACGUGGUGAAUGCUAAUGCACCAGUGACGCCAGUUCUCCCAGCACCCGCCACUGAUGCCACCAACACUGCAUCAGGCACCACUGGAGUCUCCAGUCCAGGGUUCAAAGCAAGAACAGGGUCAAGGUCCAGCCCCAAAACAGGAUCCCGCCUGCAGAAUGCAUCAAAGCCCAGUGCUGCUGGGGCCGUCGCAGCAGCAGACGGAACGGUCACGGCUAAACAGAACCAGAGCAGAGAGCAGUCAGAGAAGAAGAACCAGGCCAUCAACCAGCUGAGGAAGCUGCUCGUCCAAGGGAACAAGAGGGUGGAGGCUCUGGCUACAGUCAUCCAACAUCUCUUCACUGAGCGCGAGGAGGCCUUGAAGCAGAAGAAGGAGCUGUCGCUGGAGCUGUCAAACCUUCGAGACGAGCUAGUCACGUCGACACAAUGCUGCAAGCAUCUGCAGAAGGAGAAGGAGGAGGUGCGUGCCAGCUUGGAGGAAGCCUUGAAGAGGCUGGAGAAGCAGCACAAGGAGGAGCUGGUGCAGCUGGAGGACAGAUUGAGGAGCUUUUACCAAACAGAGUGGGAUAAAGUCCACCAGACGUACCAGGAGGAGGCCGACAAAUGCCGCAUGCUGAUGGAACAGCAGGUGGAGGAGCUGAGGAGCCGACAGGAAGCAGAGAGGAAGAACCAGGAAGCCAGUCACAGCCAGAAGAUGGAGUCUCUAAAGCUGCAGUACGAGUCCUCCAUACAAGAGCUGAAGAGGAUCCAGCACACAGACCUGGAGAACCUGGACAAAACCCUGAAGGAGACUGAAAGCUCUCUGUCUGAGAAAAUAUCUGAGCUGUGUGCAGAGAAGGAGGCUCUGAAUGAGAAGCUAAAAGUGGAGGAGGAGAGGAGAAAGCGCAUACUCAGCGACAAGAACCUGAAGGACUCCCACACGGUGUACCUGGAGCAGGAGCUGGAGAGCCUUAAGGUGGUGCUCGAGAUCAAGAACAACCAGCUGCACCAGAAGGACAAGAAGCUCAUGGAGAUGGACAAGCUGGUGGAGACUAAUGUGAAACUGGAGGAGUGUCUGAACAAGGUCCAGCAGGAGAAUGAGGAUUACAAGGCCAGGAUGGACAAACACGCUGCUCUCUCCAAGCAGCUGUCCAACGAACAGGCCAUCCUCCAGCAGACGCUGCAGAAAGAGUCCAAGGUCAACAAGCGUCUGUCCAUGGAGAACGAGGAGCUGCUGUGGAAGCUGCACAACGGCGACCUGCUGGCGAGUCCCCGCCGCCUCUCACCCACCUCGCCCUACAGCUCGCCACGGAACUCUGCCUCCUUCCCCACAAGUGCACCCUUAUCGCCCAGAUAACCCUAAUAAGCAACAACCCCCCCACCCCUCCUCUCCUCUCCUCUCCUCUCCUCUGACCUCCUGAUUCUCCUCAUCACAUUUUUUAAGCCUGACAAAGAUGGAAGCUGUUCCAAAUCCAGAGAAAGACUUCAGUCACAGCUGUGUUGUUGGAUAUUAAUGAUGAACUUGUACAUUUGGAAUAAAUGGCAGUGAAGACUAUGAGAGCCAAAAGACAUUGCAGUGGCACCGAUGCACUUAAAUCUGAGCAUGGGACUGGCCUUGCUCUCUAUCAAACGACCAGUAAACUUUUCUUCUUUUUCUGAAGAAAAGCUAAAUAACAGGCACACCUCAGGGUCUGUACAUAGCGCCUCACGUUGUUAUGACUAUCCUUACAGGUUUUUUUCCUUGUUAUGUUGUACAGUUUAAGUUCAGCUCAUCCUGUUCUUUUUAUACCUCUCUUUUUCAAAGAGGUGGAUGAGAAAAAACCUUGGAUUUGUGGCGUAUGCAGGUUUGUGGAAACAGACUCAAAAUUGUUUGGGUUUAGUAAAUCAUAAAGAUGACGGGUACUUGGUGGAUUAGCAUGGAUUAUUCUGCCUUUUCCUUCCUUUCUUU